UCGACUUCCGCUGGGCCCCUUCAGCUCCCUCCCUCACGGCUGAGUACCCAUCCUCACAGUCACAGCUCACUCAUCCACAUUCUUUGCGUAGCAUCAUCAACUCUUACCCAUGAACAUGCAGUCAACAGUCUAUGAUGCACCACUCUCUCCUCAUACACUCAUUUGAAGAAUCUCUGGUCCAAUUCUCACUAUGGUAUCACAACUAAUCUUUUUCAAAGAUGGGGAUCUGGCCUAAAACCUGCGGUGCACAUCUUCACUCAAUUUCCUACAAAUGAAAACUGUCCCAGAACAUUACAAAGAGCUGUACAAAUCCCAAGGACCUCUUGUCCAUCGAGUGAAGUUUCCCCCGUAGAUGCCUCAGAAAACUUUUGGCGACGACAGGAACAGCUGCCUACUGAUAUCUCAAGUGAGAUCAGGCUCGCAAAAUGUAUGCACCAACAAAAAAUUCAUUUCUUUUCCGUCCUCGAGACAUACACACUCGGAAACAGCUCUACCAGCGUAGCUGCCUUUGCUUCAGACUUGCCACCGGUCGAGCCCGUCAAAGACCGCCCCGGUGAUCGCUGGGACCGCCCGGAACCGUCCCAGGCUCCGACUCGGCUUGUUGCCCUUGGGCCCCGGCAUCUGGAGCCGCUCAACACUCGAGCGUCCACUCCCGCUUACUCCAGAUCGGCUUCCUCCUCGUCGCGCUGGACAAGCUCGUGGUCGUCACGCUCAGCCAGGUCAUGCUCUUCGCGCUGUUCCAGGUCGGCUGACUCCUCGUCACGUCCGAGAAGACCGCUGAGCAGAGCAAGAGGGUCGGCCUGGGCCUUGUUGGCACCACCGUUGGCAGCGUUUCCACCUGCAGCGCCUCCACCAAUGCUCUCGAGGAUGGAAGAGAGGAUGUUGUUGCCGUCGGCUGCCUGGUUGUUCUUCGCAGCGGCGCCUCCAGCAGCGUUGUUCUUCUUGCCGUUCUUGCCGUUCUUCUUCUUGCCACCAGCGUUUGCAGUUCCGUUGUUCGCAGCACCACCAGCGGCACCACCGGCGGCACCACCAGCAGCCGCGCCGCCAGCUGCGUUGUCGGCUCCGUUGUUCUUCUUGGCAGCAGCGUUACCCUUAGCAGCCUUGGCCUUCUUUCCGCCAGCCGCAGCACCGUCGGCGGCGUUGGCAGUUCCGUUGUUGGCAGCGCCACCGUUGUUCUUCUUGGCCUUAUUCUUCUUGGCUCCGGCAGCACCGGCGGCAGCGUUGUUCUUCUUGCCCGCGGCCUUGGCCUGUGCGUUCUUCUUGCCCUUCUUGCCCUUCUUCUUGCCUCCGGCGUUGGCAGUUCCGUUGUUGGCGGCACCGCCGGCUGUGGCACCUCCGGCAGUGGCACCACCGGCCGCGGCACCGGCUCCUCCGGCUGCAGCGGCGUCCUUGGCGGCCUUCUUCGUGGCGACUCCGUUCUCGCCUGCGUUCUCGCCCUCCUGCUGGACGUCGGCGUUGUCACCGGCUGGCGUUGAAAGUUAGAUGAGUUUCGGAUGUUGAUGUGUGGAGUUCUUUGACAUACCUUGCUCGCCCUUGGCGCGGCGCAGAACAGGCCUGACAUCAACUUGAGCCGGGAAGUUCAGGUCUCGGACGGGGAGAGCCACGGAUCGGUCCUCCUGGGUAGGGAGGGCGAUGACCUGGGCGGCGAUGGCCGCAAUGGAAAGGAGGAUAGAGCUCUUCAUUUUGAAGGAGUGCUAAAUGUCUCUAGUCAAAGAGAUGAAGAAAAAA